AUGUUAGGAAACUUACUUAAAAAUAAUGGAGCAUCUAGUUCUAAUUCAAGUACUAGUCCCAGUCCUCGACCACCAAGUGUGAAAAGUACAGUUACUAGACAAUCUUCAAUGAAAUAUGUUGACAGUGUCGAACGCAUUUCAAAUUAUUCCAUAGAGACUAAAAAUUUAAUAGAUAGUGGCAGAGAGGAUUCGAACGAUAAUAAUUCCGAUAGAAAUACCAUAUCUAAUAGUAUAACACAUAGUAUUUCUGCUGUGACUUUAAAUGCCAGUAACAAUAUUAAUAAUAAUAAUAAUAAUAAUAGCAACAAUAAUAAUAACAAUAAUAAUAUACCAUCGCAAUCUGCUUCUGUAUUUUUAAGGUCUUUACUGCGGGAUAGCGAGGGCACCAAGAAUAAGAAUGGUAUUUCUCCGAUAAGAACAACAGAUACUUUGUUAACGAAUGAUGCCAUUAAUAGUGGUGAUUUUGAGCAUGAGGAGGAGGAUGGUACACCUACAUUUCCCAGCCAUACAAAGGAUGUACAAAACUAUCCACAGAUUUUGAAUCAAAUGGCUGAUGAUUCAAAAUUAGAACUUUUUGGAUGCAAGAUGAUGCCCAUUUCGAAAAACUUGGAGGAUGAAUCAUUUAUUUCAGAAGAUUCCACUUAUCCGUUUAGAAUACUUGUUGCAGAGGAAACUGAACAAAUGGCGUGUCGAAGUAAUUUUAAACUUUUCUUGGAUCAUAGUUAUCCACAAUAUUCAGAUAUUGGUAAAAUUAGACCAAACGAAUUGAGACAAUAUAUGUUUUGUUCCAUCUUUAGGGUUAUGAAUUCGAAAAAAUAUAAUAAAAAUGAAAAAUUCAGAGUUAUCCCAAAUUCAGAGUAUAUGAUUUUAACAAGAAUUUUUUACCUUAAUUCUCCUUAUAAUAGGAUAGCUAUUAAUUUGUGUUUACCAAAAUUUUUAUUACCGAUUAUUACAGAAGUUUGGAGCUUCAUUCAGAAUUGGUGGGAUGAAUCACAGAGAAUAUUGACAAAAAUUAUAUUAGAACAUAAGAGAAAUCCUAGUGGCCUAAAAGGAAAGAAACCUUUGCAUGAUACCUCGGACAACAAUACUUUUAAUAAGAAUACAACGGGAAAUACUACACAUAGUUUACAGAAUAUUUUUCUUCAAAAAUAUUCAAUGGAAUUUGAAAGAAUUAUUUCAAUUUUGAAAAAUUAUUUGAUACCUUGUUUUAGAUCAAGUUUCGAAAUCCCAAGAUUGUUCCUUUUCCCACCAGAUGAUGUAAAAUUUGUAGAAACUUGGUUCAGAGGUUGUUUUAAGUGGAUAGAGUUAAAAGAUGGACCAAAAUUGAAUCUAUUGCAAACUUCUUUAGCUACUGUUAUCGUAAAUUAUAAACGCAUGUUGCUAAUGUCUGAUGAUGGUAACUCUAAAGAAAAUGCAAGAAUAAUAGUUUUGUCUGGAAAUGUUACUGUUGCAAAUAAAUUGAUAUUUUUAAUAUGUGGAUUACUAAACAGAAAGAUACGGCAGAAUUUAAAUCUAAUAAAUCAACCCCGUAGUAGAGGAAAAGUUAGUACUCCUGAAAAGAAGGCUGAAAGAAUGACUAUACAUUCAAGAUCAUCUCUGAACAGAAGUUCUAUCGAAUCUUCACCCUCAUCGGUCUCUUCAUUUUCAUCAAUGUCAUCUAUGGUUUCAAACUCGUCAAGAUAUAAUUAUACAAGAAAUGGUUGGGAAAUCCCUCAGAGGAUGGGUUCUUCAUCGGCUUCAAUUGCGAUAUCUCCAGCAGAUUCAACAUCUGCGGAUGUAAUUCAGCCCUCCACUUUUAAAUCUGGGAAUAACUCUAUCCGGUAUUUAUCUUCUUCAUUAUCCAGUCAACAAAAUUCAUAUGGUUCAUGGUUUACAUCUAGGCCAUCAAUUACUAGAAUGCUAUCCAAAAGUCCAUCUGUUACAGAAUCAGAAUCUCCUUUAUUCAGAGUACCACCAAAUGGGAUGAAGACAACAAAUAAUUUUCACAAAACACCAAGUAGCACAUCAUUACAUCAGAUGGGAAUAGUUAGAAAUAAUCCUGCUCCAUAUCAUGCAUCUCAAGAAUCGAUGUCUUUGUUGGAUUUUGAAGAAUCACUUUGGGUUGGAACGCCUGAAUCUAUGAAUAGUAUCGAUCUUUAUUAUGUUCCAACUAAUAGGACACUAACACCAAAAGUUUGUAAUACUUCUACAAUAAACAACGAUGGAAACUCCUUUUUAUCACCUCUAAUGAAUCUUAAUAUUCAAAGGGAUUCUCAAAGGAUUGAUGAAAGCGUAAUGUUAGAUGAUGCAUUUGAUGCUAUAUGUAGUCCAGAAGUAGAUAAUAUUUUAACUAGCAAGCAUCCUAGUAAUUUUAGAAUAAAUGCACCCAAUGAAAAAUCAUCUAAGGCAUCCGUUAUUGACAUUGAUGUGAAACUUGAUAAAGAUAUAAAAGAUUCUAUCAAAUUUAACGAAUUAUUGCCAAGAUAUACAGGAUAUCUUCCUAACUUGAAUAGAUUUUACCAAAUACAGGCUAAUCCAUAUAGUAAUGAGAUAGAUGGACAUAUUUUGACAACUAUGAGAAAAGAAUUGCAUUUGAAUCCGAAUAUUUCAAUAAUUAAGACUUUAGUAAUAUCCCUUCAGACCAGAGAGAUAUAUGAAAUGAUGGUUAAACAACAAGAAAUAGAGGACAAGGGAUCUCAGAGAAUGAGGAGGAUAUUCAAGAAUGGAAAGUUUUUAUUGAAACAUUCAUCGUCGUCAAAAAAUGUUAUAGAGUGUAUGAGAUUUAUUGAUGCCUCUUUUGAUCGGGUGAGAGAUAUCUAUAGAGAGAUUGAUUCGAGAUCAGAUGAUUCAGAUGAUCGUAGACAUGGUUAUACCGGAGAGAUUUUGCAUAUUUUUAACUCUAUUAUAAAUUAUUCAAAUAACCUAUGA